CUUUCUCUUCCCUCCCUUCCCUCCAUCUCUCUCUCUCUCUCUCUCUCUCUCUCUCUCUCUCUCUUCCUCUUUGAUCCCUAACCUAAUUGGCUGCUGAUCUUGAAUAGUUCUUCAUCUCUAAAUCUAGAGAAGAUCCUCUAAAUCUAGUGGCUCUAUUCUUCAUUUUGAUCUUUGUGUAUUGAAGAAAGAAGGAUCAAGGAGAGGAGGAGGAGGAGGAGGAGAAGAAGAAGAAGAUAAAGAAGGGGAUUUUGAUAUAGAGGUGAAGAUGACUCCAGCAAAUCUAUCAGGUCAGUUUGGGGAUACAACUUACACAAAAGUGUUUGUUGGGGGUCUUGCUUGGGAAACCCAGAAGGAGACCAUGAAGAAAUAUUUUGAACAGUUUGGAGAGAUUUUGGAAGCUGUAGUGAUUACAGAUAAGAAUACUGGGAGAUCCAAAGGCUAUGGAUUUGUAACUUUUCGAGAACCAGAUGCUGCCAUGAGAGCCUGUGUGGAUGCUGCUCCUAUGAUAGAUGGAAGAAGAGCUAACUGCAAUCUUGCUUCCUUAGGUGUUCAGAGAUCCAGACCCUCUACACCACAACAUGGAGGAGGCAGGAACUUUAGGGUGAUGAACUCUUUUCACAGUGGGCUUCAAGGUGGGGUGGGAACAGCUUUUCCUUCUGCAGCAACCUUUCCUCAUUAUGCCAUCCAACAAGGCAUUCCUUAUAAUGUAUAUGGGUACUCUCCUUACUCGCCAGAUUAUACUUAUCCAACGAGCUACUACGGUUUGUAUGGAGGAGGUGCAGCUACUCAGUACCCCAUGUACGGUACAGGUGCCGGAGGAAUGGUCACUGGUGCUGCGUUCUACCCUUAUCUCCAGUUUGGCCAAAGCAAUGGCGGAGCUGCUGCUGCUGCCGCCACUGCCACUGCCACCGCCGGUGCUUACACCGGUGGCCAGGGAUAUGGAGUCCAGUACCCACAUCAGCUCUUCCAGUACUCACCGAUUACCUCUACUGGAUUCCCUCAUCACUACGGUGGACCGAUGUCUCUUGCUCCUACUCCACCCUCUCAAGCAGUGUGUUUUACUCUACAACAGGCGUGACCAUGGCUCUUACAGCUCCAACUACUGUUCAUGCCCCAACACCUCAACCCUACAGACUUGUUCCUACCCACUUCACCGCAACAGCAUCUGAGCAACCUUCGGCUUAACCAUAGUUUUGAGGCUCUUUCUCUUUCAUCCUCUUUUCUCUUCUAUUUCCUCUCUCUUUCUCUUUCUCUCUCCACCACCACCUCCACCUUUCUUCUCUCUCUACUGCAAACCCAGGUGUGGAUCCUUGAGUUUGUCAGAAAAAUUAGCCCCUCAUCGGGACUAAACCCACUUUGGAGGAGAGCCCCUCCAACAACCCUAGUGCAUGUCAUGUGAAAACGAGUUCAUUUCAUUUUGCUCAAGAUGGGCUAUGUUACAAAGCCCUGAAGUCUGGGUGGUUCCUAAAAGAACCCAAGAGAGAAAAUGUGAACGAACCACAUCACCAACUAUGGCUACUUGGGGAGCUAAGUUGGAAACAGAAGAAGAGAUGUUCGUUCUAAACCUCAGCCCUGGAAAGGCUAAGCAACACAACCCUUCUAACUUAGGUUUUGUGGAGAUGUAAAUUUCAACAACUGAAAGGAUAACUGAACAAGUACAUCCUCACCAUCAAACAACUUUGGCUUAAGCACCCUCUAAAGGUAGAGAGGCAGUCUUAGGACACAGUAAGGGGCAUGGGAUGCCCUACAACUUUUGCAUUGGCAUUGACAUAAACCCUAGAUUUAGGUUGUCUUUGUUUUUUGUUUUUAAUUGGGUUUUUGGGGGGGGAAAUGACCAAAACUUGAGUGACCACUCAUGUUUUUUCAAAGGUUUUCCAACUUCAAAUAACUCUCAUAUAAUCUUUGUGUAACCAACUACACAUAUUCCCUGAGGGAAAGGGAAUUAAGAGAUUUUCACUAACUCACUUUUUUGCAUUUUGGGUCCUGUUCAUUUGUCCUGGCUGAACUCAUGGGAGUUUUAGCUAGAUCUAACUAGGGUUUGUGGAGGGGCUAUUGCUUGUUUUUGGCAUUCACCUCCUAUCACAGUCAUACAGACCUUUGAAGAACUCCAUUGAUGGCUUUGGAGCUCAAACUAACUUGUAGGACUCUCUCUCUCUCUCUCCUCCCUUCCAUUCUCUCUCUCCCCCUUCCAUUCUCUCUUCCUCUCUUUGAUUCUCUCACUAGCCUAGUGAACCAAUCAAGACCAUGGAGGCAACCCUUGGGGAAUAUUUUGGGUCUCUUGGGUUCAUCUCCUUCAAAUCCUCCAACCAUGGUUAGGACCAAGGUCAUCAUGAUCAUCUUUUAGGUACUUUCUCUCUCGUAUUGAGUCAUUUUGAAGCAUGAUACUCUCUCUCUAUAUAUGUAAUUGUAGUAAGGUUUGGAUUGUAAUAAGUAGGCAUAAUCUUAAAAGAACACUUGUUCUCCAUUGAUAUCAUCUGAGGGUAGGAACAUUCAGUUUAUUAUUGUAGAAGUGAUUUAGAGACUGCCUUGCAUAUCUUAGCUGAUAAUUAAUAUUAAUGAUAUGAUCAACUUACUA